AUGCGGCUUUGGCCUCGCCAGGCUGCUGCUGAAAUUGAGCACAUGGGCGCUUCAUUUUCCAGGUGGAAGCGAUUGGUAAUCAGCUACGUGGUGUUUGCCCCCGGUGCCUGCAGCAUCCUGCUGUUGUCUGGCCAGCUCACAGGUGUUGGGACUCUUUUUGAUGUUCCUGAUGUAACCAUGGGUAUUUGCAAAUCAGCUAUGCGUUAUUGUAUUCUUGUGCUGUUUCUUAGUGAAGUGAACACAAAGACUGAAUUACUGUAUGAGGCUCAUAGAGUGAACAACCCUAUACCUUCCAACCUGAAGUCAGAAGCUAAAAAGGCAGCUAAAAUACUACGAGAAUUUACAGAAAUAACUUCCAGAAAUGGACCAGAUAAAAUCAUACCACCUCAUGUCAUAGCUAAAGCCAAAGGCCUUGCAGUUUUGUCUGUUAUCAAAGCUGGAUUUUUGGUGACUGCCCGAGGUGGAAGUGGAAUUGUAUUAGCUCGUCUUCCUAAUGGAGCCUGGUCUGCUCCCUCUGCAAUAGGAAUUGCUGGUCUUGGUGGUGGAUUUGAAAUUGGAAUUGAGGUCUCAGACUUAGUGAUAAUACUGAAUCAUGAAAGAGCAGUAGAAGCUUUUGCCAAAGGAGGGAAUCUUACACUUGGAGGAAAUCUUACUGUGGCAAUUGGACCUCUGGGGAGAAACUUAGAGGGGGAUGUUGCCCUGAGAAGCUCUGCUGCUGUCUAUACAUACUGCAAAUCUCGAGGACUGUUUGCAGGUGUAUCUCUGGAAGGAACCUGUUUAAUUGAAAGGAAAGAAACAAACCGCAAGUUUUAUGGGCAGGACAUUCGUGCUAGUGCCAUCCUGCUUGGUGAUGUGCCCUUCCCUGCUCAAGCAGAUGAUCUUUAUGAAAUUCUAGCAUCCUUCACUGAAGUGUAUGAAAAUGAAGAGCAAAAAAAUAAUCCAGGAAAAUCUGUAAAUGACCGGCCUGCUAGACCAUCAUCCAGACCAGAGCCACCAAAACCUGCUGUUAGACCUACACCACCAGCUAAAAAGAAUACAAACAAACUUUAUCCUGAACUUCCCAAUGAUUAUGCAUCUGCGGAUAACUCUUGGAGUGAUCCAGUAGAAGUGACAGCACUUUAUUCAUUUGAAGGACAACAGCCAGGUGACUUGACUUUCAAAGCUGGAGACAGAAUCACAGUGACAACUAAAACAAAUUCCCAGUUUGAUUGGUGGGAAGGAAGUGUAGGAGGAAAAACUGGCAUCUUUCCAGCCAAUUAUGUUGCCAUAAGCAACAACUAA